GCCACACGGAAGAAAGCCUCCACUUCUUCUCAGCAGCAAACACAGAUGUCAUGUUUUUGUUUUUUCUAGUGCGUCGCUUCUCUUCGCAAUUCAAAACCAAAUCACAGCGCGGAAGCAGCUUUUUUUAAUUCUUACUGCACACUCUCCUCCCCCACCCCACUCCCCCCCACCCCCCACCCUCCUUCCUUGCACACAGUUCCUGUUUAUGAAUGAACAUGGCGACGUGCAUCUCCUUCCAGACGCAGCUCUCCUCCGUAAUGGAGGUGCUGCUGAAGGCGGCGGUGGCGGACAUCUCCAAGCUGGUCGAUGACAAAUGCGCGUUCCUGCAUGUGGAGAUCUCCAGGAAGCAGAGCGAGGUCGAGAUGCUGAAGAGGAAGCUGCAGACGAUGGAGAAGAAGAACACGCAGCUGCAGCGCGGCUUCGAAAACUACAUGGACCGAGGGACGGAUGUAGGGACCAACUGUCGUCAUUCCUCAGGAGAUAUUAAGUUUCCAGAGAUGGAAGAUGCCGCUGUUUCCUUCACGAUUAAAGAAGAGAGUCCAGAUGAGCCGCUGUGGAUCAGUGACACCGCUGGACCCAUUGGUGGUUCUGUGCAGUACUGCAACCCAGGUACCGCGGGGGAGAGCCAGCAGCUGGAAGAGGGCCGUCACUUAUCCCAUCCAGAGGUCGCCAGGCUAAAACCGUCAGAGUUCAGUGACUUGUACAACUCUGGGCAUCACGCAGGACAGAUCAGCGGCCUUCACUUCACUGUCAAGACGGAGAAGGAGGAGGAGCGAUCGGGAUUCAGUCAGGACGGAUGUCAGCACGGCGCCGGGAAGCUGAAUCAACUUGCCGCUGACUUUUCCAUCGACGAACGAGAGAAUCAACUCUGGUCGUCCAUAAUCGAAGGUAACGACAUUGACGCUGGGUUUCCCGACUUUUCCAGUAUGGUGGAGGAGUAUUCCAGCACCUUCCCGGAGCACUCGGAUGCUGCUGUGGUUUCGAACAGCAGCAAGUCCACCGGUGUCCAGCAGUCGUCCUCUCAGAGGCCGUGCAACGGGAUCUACAGCGGCGAGUAUCAGAAGGACGUCCCGCAGUCGUCCGGUUUUCAGAACAGAGCUCCGGGCGCGCUCCCACAGCCGGACAGGCAGAAGGAGCAAAUGUACUCGCAGAGGAACGCGUCGCACGUUGCACACCUGAAGCCGCCGGACGAGCACGCCGAGAGGGACGCCACAUCUGGAGACCGACCGGUCGUGACUCACUCACACAGCACGUUCACACCGAGCAGCUACCACAACCCCCACAAGGCUUUCUCUGCCGCGGCGCGGGGCUACGUCUGCUUGCAGUGCGGGAAGACGUUCGGCCGCCUGCACCAGUUCAAGCUGCACCAGCAGAGCCACAAGAGGAAGCGGGCGUUCUGGUGCACGGUGUGCGGGAAGAGCUUCCAGUGCUCGUCCCACCUCAGCAUACACCACCGGACGCACACGGGCGAGAAGCCAUUCGGUUGCGGGCAGUGCGGGAAGAGGUUCACGCAGCAGAGCAGCCUGAGGGUCCACCAGCGCACUCACAGCGGCGAGCGGCCCUACAGCUGCUCGCAGUGCGGGAAGACCUUCAUCCUGAUGCACCAUCUGAAACGGCACAGAAUCAUUCACACGUACAGCUGAGGGGUGAAAAGACACAGAUGACCUUCUGAGACAAAAUCAAACUUACUCUCAUUCGUACCCUUGACUUUCUAUAUUAAUGCAUACGUCACUAUGCAAAAUCCAUCUGGAUGGAUUUUAAUGUUUUCUUUUUUUAAAUGCUUCUUUUAUAAUUAUCAGAAAUGUGAACUUGCAUUGCAACCUCCAAAACACGUCAGCUUUUUUUCUUAGGACACUUCCAAAGCUAGUGAAUCCAAAAAAAACAAGUCAUCAACAUAAAACCUGUAGAUUUCCUGCAUAAAAGAUGUAGAAAUGAGCUUUAUUUAUUUCAUCUCAUGCUCAUCAACUUCCCCUUUACAGCCACACGUGGGUUUUUGCUUUCAAUGCUCUCAGGUUUAUGUUCCGGGGUCAACUUUGUAAAAAAACAACAAAAAAAGCCUGAUUAUUGUUUCCCCAAAAUCUCUCUUUGCUAUUUCUUAUGAUUUAUAUUAAAAGCAUUGUUAAAAUCAA